UCCUGGCUGCUCACUCAAUCCACUAGACUUGAAAGAUGUAUAAAAUCUGCAACUCAGCUUCUCCUUUCCUUCUUCUUCUUACUCCAUCAUCCAAACCCUAAACUCUCUCUGAUAAAUGAUCAAGUCGUCUUCCAUGGCUUUGGUUCGAGAUCGCCGUCAAGUCAACCUCCGUCUCCCUCUCCCUCCCAUCUCCGAUCGCCUCCCCUGCUUCCCCGUCUCCUCCUCCGCCGCCGGAAGCAUCAACGGCUUCUCGCUCUCCGAUUUCGAAAAAAUAUGCGUUCUCGGCAGCGGAAACGGUGGUACCGUCUACAAGGUACGCCAUAGGACAACGGCGGAGGUCUACGCCCUGAAAACGGUUAACGGCGACAUGGAUCCCACUUUCCGCCGUCAAUUGUUCCGCGAGAUGGAGAUUCUCCGCCGCACAGACUCGCCGUUCGUCGUCCGGAGCCACGGUAUCUCAGAGAAACCCUCCGGAGAGGUUGCGAUUCUGAUGGAGUUCAUGGACGGCGGGACACUUGAAUCGCUCCGCGGCGGAGUAACGGAGCACGACCUCGCGGGAUUCGCUCGCCAGAUUCUGAAGGGAUUGAAGUACUUGCACGCGCUGAAGAUCGUUCACAGAGACAUAAAGCCUGCGAAUCUGCUACUGAAUUCGAGGAACGAGGUGAAAAUCGCCGAUUUCGGAGUGAGCAAGAUCAUGGUCAGAUCACUGGAUUCUUGCAAUUCCUACGUAGGGACGUGCGCGUACAUGAGCCCGGAGAGAUUCGAUUCCGUCGCAGGAGGAGGAGAAUCCGAUGUAUACGCCGGCGAUAUCUGGAGUUUCGGGCUUAUGAUGCUAGAGCUAUACGUCGGCCAUUUUCCGUUGCUUCCGGCGGGGCAGAGGCCAGACUGGGCGACGCUAAUGUGCGCCGUCUGCUUCGGGGAGCCGCCGCGUGCGCCGGAGGGAAGCUCCGACGAGUUCAAGAGCUUCAUCGAUUGUUGUCUCCGUAAAGAGUCCAGUCUACGGUGGACUGCGUCGCAGCUGAUUACUCACCCUUUCCUCCAGCGAGAUUUUGGAUCCGAUUAGAACCGGGCCGGGCCGGGUCUUGUGGGGCCUCGGAUUAGACUAAUUUCUUUUGUUUUUUGUUAGUAUAAUUUGUACAUACACUGAGGAGAAUCCUGUCAUAAUUGACCAUGUAAGAACAAUUACAUUGUGUUAGUUCAAUGGAUAAGAAAAAAAAAUAUUAUCAUUCU